AUUAUUAUUUCUUUUUAGCACAAACCCAAAAGAGCUUCUUUGGUACAGUUGGUCUUCUUCUUCUUCUUCUUCUUCCUUGGAAUGAAGCUUCCUUUAUAAAUGCGAACUUUCCAACUUUUCUCUAUCAAUCCCAAAAACACAUCCAUCUCUUUCUCUCAAAUAUUCUUGAGUGCCAAGAUGUUGAAUUCUACAUUUGAGCUCAUCACUCUUGCUACUUCAAAUUCUCAUCUCAUCUUUAUUAUAAGUAAUUUGAUCAUAAUUGUCCUCCUCAUCAAUGGAAGUAUGAAAACAGGUGAUGAUGAUGAUAGUAACAAUACAAGUUCAUCCAAACGCGAAACUGUGGUUCGCAAGGUCUCAAGCAUUAACAUUCAAAUAAAGGGUGAGGAGAAUAAGAAGAAACCCAUGAGAGGAGAAAAAGAAUCAUCAUUGUCGUCGGAAUUGGAUGAACUUACAGUCCAUACCGAAAAGUCUCUAGGCGAAAAUAAGCAUGUUUACGAUGAUCAUAGUGAUAAUGGAUACACUGCUACUAAAAUCAUUGACAUUGAUCAUGAAGAUGAAGAUGAACUUAGAAGAAGAGCAGAAGAAUUUAUUGAGAAGACUAAUAAACGAUGGAAACAGGAGAAAUUAGCUACAUUAAUUUCUAAUUGAGAACCAGUAAUUUGAUGCUUUGCCCAAAAAUUUUGUGUGUUUUUUCCCCGGCUUUUUUUUUUCUUCCUGGUUUUGAGAUUUGUACAUUUUAGGUGACCGGUUUAGCUCAAUGGCAACUAGAUGUUGUAAUCUUAAUAACAAUUGCACUAGAGUUUUUUUCUUCUAAAUCGUCCAUGUUUUUUGCCUUUUCAAGCCUCAAGACUACAAUGGCAUAGUAAAAAUAAGAUGAAGGCAGAACCGUGCAAGCAUAUUUGGUACACAGACUAAACAUGGAUGCCUUAUUGACAGUAGGAGAUGGAGAAUCCAUAGGGCGGGUAAAUGUCUAGAAGGCAUGAACAAGAAGAUGACCAGCUGGUAAAAUUGCAAGGUAGUUGGUAGUACUUUUCCAUCCAUUGUAGGAAUUCUCUUGGCGUUGUUGUUUUGGUCCUUGUGAAUCAGUGACGAG